CAGCGGCGUGACUCCCAAACCACAUGACCCCGCCCUGGGCACUAUGGCCUGGGGGGCUGGUCUGUGCCCUUCGCUGCACUUCGCACGGCCCUCCCCACCCCCACCGGGGCGUGAGGAUGCCCUGAGCUGAGCGCAGGGCCAGACAUGCCCCGGCGUCACCCCAACCCCUGGCCCCAGCAGGUGGCGCCCAAGGGGCUCCCCGGAGACGGCGCUCGCGGACGAAAAGACCCGCUGCUGCCCAGGCUGCCCCCGCCCCAACUCCGAGUAGUAUCUGGCGCGGGGGCCACGGGGGGCUCGAGGGCCUCGGGGGGCGACGACGGGUGGUGGCAGGCCCCCAGGGGCGGGUCCUCGCGCUCAGAGCUGGGGGAGGGCGUCAGCUCGCUCCUGCUGCCGCCCCUGCUCCGGGCCGGCGCGCCCCGGGCACCCGCGCCCCGGCGCCCCCGGCCUGGAGAGAGCGAGAACCCCUGCAGGGGCUCGGCCAGGGAGGCCCCGGACUCCCUGCUCGGGCUCCUGGGACAGGUCUUCCCCACCAAGUUCCGGGCGUUCCUGCAGCGGCUGGGGGCCGAGUGUGUGCAGGCGUUGCCGCCGACAUCCUCAGCAUGGCAAUCAAAAAAGAGUGCGUCCAAGCACUGCCAACAUCCUCCUCAGUGUCCCCACUGUUCCUUCCCUCCAGACCUGCGGGACCAGUCAUUGUACUUCCGGAAUAGUCUUCAGAAGAUUUUGCCCCAUCAGAUACCUGCUCUGGGGAUCCUGAGGAGAGAUCACUCCCAAUCCACCACCUUCAAAAAGGCCAAGCACAGGCCCCACCGCGUCCAGGUGCCCAAGCUCAGGGCUGUGCUCACUCACAGCUCCUUGGGAGAAGGCUCCGGGAAGCGCAGGCGGUUCUGCCCCUUCCGGGUUCGAUUUGCUGAUGAGACGAUGUGGGACACCGCCCUCCGCUACUGGGAGCGCAGCUGCACGGUCCGGCAGGCCCGAGUCACCAGUGGGAUAGACACCCGGUCGAUCACAUCAGAACAGGUGUUCCGGAACGUCGGGAGGUGGCCGGAGAGUUGGCCCAAAGCUCCGUGCCGCAGAGCCACCGAGGAGGCCGUGCCCAGCAUCUGGCCCUCCCAGGAGCCACGGGGUCACCUCUCUAAGGACGCAUCCCCGAGCAGCAGUCUGCCCCUCAUUCCCAGGACCACUACCCAGAGGUCACAGAGUGGCCUCAAAACCUUCCUGGCCCCACACCGCAGCCUGGAGCAGGUGGACAGAGCUCCGGGCUCCUGGAGCCAGAAGCUGGCUGGGCGGAGAAACCUGCCCCCCCACCCCGGGGAGCCCCUGUCUCCCGGCCAGAGGCCCCGAAGGGCCCAGCUGGUCCCUCCCUGUUGCUCCAGGAGUCCUUCCUGCCAGCUUGAUCCUGGGGGCCUCAGAGGAGGCCUGAGUCUCCCGCACCCCCUCCCCGUGACCUUGCGCUUCCCCGUCUCGCCCUCUCUGAGCCUCAGUUUCCCCCGAGCGCCCUCGCCCCGCCGCCCGCUGCAGCGCCGCGCCGCGCCCACCAGGGGGCAGUGUUGGCCUGGCUUUGGCGCCGCCCAGCGCCGCCGAAACUUCUCAGCCUCCGGCUAA